CCGUUAUCUAUGAUAAAUGAAAAAAUAUUAAAUAUGGCGAUCAUUGCAUUAAUACAGUUCAAUUAAAUAGUAUUUUUUUGUCUUGACUCGUGAUUAAUUGAUUUUAAAAGUAUUAGUGUUUUAGGUGUUCUAAGGAUUAACUGUUGUACAGGAAAGUCUCAGCAGGCCAUUGCGAUGUCGUGGAGAGAUCGAGACGAGCGUACAUCCCGCUGGGGUGAGAACAGGCCCCGUUCUCCCGUGUGGGAGAACCGUCGCAGCGCUAGUCCCGACAGAAGUAGGCAGUUGUCACCGAGGGAUCGGCAAAGAGAUCGACGCGAACGUCACGAGAGAUACGACCGUGAUCGGGAACGUCGUGAUCGUGACCGUGAUCGCGAAACAGAUCGCUAUAAUCGCCGUGAUCGUUACGACAAAACGCGUGACCGUGAGCGCGAUAGGCGCCGAUCACCUCGUCGCUACGAUGAUAAAGACGUGCCCAAUCCACCUUCACCCCCCACUAUUAGUGGUGAUUUUGAAAAAUGUACCGAAUCUCUUUCUAGCAGCCGCUCCGGUAGUCGUGAGCGUCAAGACAAUUUAGAAAGCUUUGAUAACAAAUAUGAUAGAGAUAAGCAUGACGAUCAAGCAGCAAACGCUUCCCCUGGCGAUUGGUUUUGUAAAUGUGGCUCAUAUAACUUUAAAAGACGACAAGUAUGUUACAGACGGAACUGUCAGGGUAAAAGAUCAGAAGGUGUAGUGUAUGGAGGUGAUUCAGAAAGGGGGAGUGCUCCUGAUGCAAACUCAGGAAUAACAAAGAGAUUGUUAUUUAGAAGACUUGAUGCUCUUACAACAGAGGAGAAAAUUUUAGAAGCUAUAAAAGACUGGUGUUCAAAAUCUAUUUUAGAUUCCAUUGCUGGUAUAACUAUUGGACGGGAAACCUUAACCGGUGCAUCAAAGUGCCUUGCUUACAUUAAUUUCAAUUCAAUUGCUGAUUCAACAGCUGCAUAUUCCGAACUCAUUUCAUUAGAUCCCCCUUUGAAAAUAGAUGGCAGAGAAGUACUAAUAACAUUUUACAAUGAACCACAAAAAGUACAAAAACCAGUCAAUUGUAAUUCAGAAUACUCUAAUUAUUAUGGACAAAUGGGUAGUUUUAACUCUACACAAGCAAUGUCUGAAGCUGACAGAGUAAAUGCAGCUGCAGCGGUUGCUCAAUCUGCCAUCUCAGCUGCUCAAGCCAGACAGAUGGCUUGGACACCUGUUUCUGUGCCAGUAUUUGUUGCCUCCUCCGCACAAGCUACUCCUGUUGCUAACAUUCCUACCGGUGAUGGUAAAACUAUAUACAGUGCUCCAGAUGUACGGACAUUCAUGUAUGAUGAGACAUCCGGUUACUAUUAUGAUCCAGCAACUGGGUUAUACUAUGAUGGCAAUACUCAAUACUUUUUCAAUAGUCAGACCAAUCAAUACAUGUAUUGGGAUUCUACUAGCUCGACAUAUAUUGUUGCAUCACAAAGUUCAACAAAUUCAGAUCAGCCAAAGUUGCAAAACCCUCCACAACCAAAUGCAGACAAUACCAUCACAAAAGAGCCAGAGGAAAAGAAAAAGAAAGACAAAGAAGAUAAAGUAAAAGUUGCUAAAAAGAUAGCCAAAGACAUGGAAAGAUGGGCUCGUACUUUAAAUCAGAAGAAAGAGAAUGCCAAGAGUAAUAUUGUUAUGGAACAACCACUCGAUAUGGGAGCUAGCAAAGGGUCUGCCGAUAUAGGAUUUUCUGUGCUGGGUGCUGGACCAUCUCCCACACUUACGCAUGUCAGGGAACUGUCUCCUCCUCCUAUCUCCACUGAUGAUUUCCUUAUGAAAAAGUCUGAAAUAAACAUAUUUGAUAGUGAUGAAGGAAUAAUAGAUUGGUCAAAACUCACUUGUUUGAUUUGUAAAAGAAAGUUUCCUUCAACUGAAGUAUUGACAAAGCAUAAAACAUUAUCAGAUCUUCAUAAGCAAAACCUAGCAGAUUUUAGAAAAAAGAGUGAGUUGAUGCCUCAGACAAAUGGAUACAGAGACAGGGCAGCAGAAAGGCGAAUGAAGUUUGGGGAAGAUGAUCCACCUCCAAUCAGAAAACGAUAUGAGCCACCUGAGGUCCAUGCACCUGUAAUGUCACACCCACCCCCUUCAGUUGUAGAUACUAUAGGUGGAAAAAUGUUACAAAAGAUGGGAUGGUCAGAGGGUCGUGGUCUUGGUAAAGAGGAGCAAGGCAGGAUAGCCCCUAUCGAAGCAGAACAAAGACCAAGCUUGGCUGGAUUGGGACAGAAAAGAGGCAUAUACACGCCUACCCCUGGGCUUACAUAUCGAGACACGGUGAAGAAGCUCAUGAUAGCUAGAUACAAGGAGGUUGUGGGGCAGGAGGAAGGAAAUAAAUAGGUGGGUUCAUUUUUAAUUUUUCCUACUAAAACUUCUUUGUUGCAGGUUCACUGGCUCGAGGUCAGUAUUGUAUAUCAUAAAGCAGUUUAAAACUUUAAUAAUAAAUUACAUGUUUGUUAUUUUGAGUUAAAUAUAUUACAAUACAUAUUACUAGGUUAUUUUACAAACCUUUGUUCUAAAAAUGAUAAUAUAAAAUGUCAUAAUUAAACCAACAGCUUAUAAAUAUCAUUUGGUUAUUAAUUUGUUAUUGUUUACUUCUAAGCAUAUGAACAAAUUAUUUAUACACGAGAAAAAUGUUUUCUAAAGCAAAGAAGAACCGUUCUAAAUUUUAACUGCAACACUUUCUGGACCUAAAACGCCUAGAAGUGGCUUUAUGGGGUAAUUUGGUUUUGGUCGGUCAUUGCGGCGAAUACACGCACUGUCUAAUCCUUUGAUUCUGUGUUCACUACACUAGAUGUGGCGCCGCAAAGCUUCAAAGGGCCAGCGCUAAAGAUAUGCCCGGCUAACAUCUGGUGAGUUUUAUAUGAAGAUGUCAUUUACUAUUAUUAUAUAGGUACGUAAACUUUCCCUACAGGGGCGACAGAGGUAAAUAUGAAUAGCUGAAAUGGCCGUCGACGGAACUAAUAUUCAAUAUGUUUUUUACAGCAUUUCAUUAUUUUUUUUACAGAAUGCGCUACAUGCCUCUUUACGAGAUUGUUUUGGUUUACAUAUAUAUUUGUUGUAAAUAAAGAAGCGGCUAAACUCGUAAACAGACUUGUAGCUUGUGCGAAUGCACUCGAUGUGAAUAUUGAUUUUCAUCAAUAAUUGCGUUAUACUUUGAACAUUACAAAAUGAUCCCAAUAAAGUUGAAGUGUAGCGCAUAAUUUAGUUCAUCCAGCAAAAACAGCAGCUUCGGACAUUGUACGGACUAUUUGAGACUUAGUUGGACAUUAUUGCCAUAGAACAAAACUGUGAUACGUCCUGUGAUAUUUUGUGUGUGACAUUACGAAGAAACGGUGAUUGUGAACUUGGCGUACAGCUUACUGACGAAUGUGACCAUUUAUAUUACAGAACCAGCCGGCGGCGAGUCUGCGUGCCAAAACAAAGUUCAAUUGUUUUUGUAUGAAUUAUCAAUGAGCGAUAACCAUUUUUUUUUUUUGUAGAUUAUGAUUUUUUUUUAAACAUAGCGUUAGGUAUAUCGUUAAAAUGUAUUUUUACCUAAAGAUUAUUAGAGCAACACGGUGUUGUAAUUGACAUCUCUUGUGAGCGUUCAAAUAAAAAAAUAAUUUAAUAAUGUAUAAUGUAAAUUUUUAUGAAUUUAUUACGCACAUAAACAAGAAAGUUUUUUUUUUAAAUUUUAUUUUAAAACCAUUUUUUUUGUUGACGACUCUGAUGUAAUUUAAUUUCUCUUUAUAUUUUUUGGUUAUAAGAAAAAAAUAACAUUUUUUACUUUCCUUAUUAAUUACUUAAUAUAUAAAAAUAUUCGAGCGUCUUUAGCGAGGCUUUCGCGUGAGUUUAUCUUUAAGAAAAAAUAUUAUUUUAUUUCAUUAUGCAUUUAAAUAUAUAAGCAAUAUUUAAAUACAUGCCUUCUGUAGGAUAGUGAGUAUAAACAUAAACUUUAAAUGGCAGAGAUUUAAAUAAAUUUAGCUUUUUACAAGUUAUGUGUAUACGAAAUAGGAAUUAGGUUUUAUGUAAAUAUAGAUCUAUAGAAUAGUUUGAUAUAUUUAGAAUUAUAUCAUUUGUACUGUCACCAUAAUUAAACUGUUGAUUGUUUU